UAUCUCCAGAGGCAGUUGGAGUCCUGUCAGCUAUUGGGGUGUUUAUAAUCUUGAUGCUGCUCCUUUUUCUCUAUAUUAAUAAGAAGUUGUGUUUUGAAAAUGUUGGUGGCUUUCCAGAUCUUGGUUCAGGAUACAGUACAAGGGAGAAUUCACAAGAUAAAAUUUAUAAUUCAUACAUGGAUAAAGAUCAGCAUGGUUCAUCCUCUGAAAGUGAAGAUGAAGCACUGGGUAAAUACCAUGAAGCAUUGUCCAGGACACACAAUUCCAGGCUAUCAGUGGCAGGUGGAAGACAAAAGAAUUACGUUUGGGAGACCAGACAAAAAUACAGUCCUCUGUCUGCAGAGUAUGAUGGAUAUAGUAGUGAAGCAUCAAUAGAUGAAGCAAACUGCAUUCAAAGAAUGAGAAGAACACCUCCACUGGAUGAAUUGCAGCCACCACCGUAUCAGGAUGACAGUGGCUCUCCACAUCUCUCAUGUACACCUUCAGAAAUUGGUGACAGUAAAUGUGAAUUUUCUCACUGUAGCAACAGUCCAAGAUGUUCAUACAAUAAAUGCCCAAGCGAAGGAAGUACAGGACAUGAAAUAGAAAGUUUUCAUAAUAAAGGCUAUGAAGAGGAUGUGCCCAGUGACAGUACUGCUGUUCUUAGCCCAGAAGAUGUGUCAGCUCAAGGAUCAUCUUCACAACUUCCUAAACCUUUUGAUCCUGAGCCAGAAGCUAAAUAUGGCACCCUGGAUGUGACUUUUGACUAUGACUCACAAGAACAGAAGCUCCUAGUAACAGUGACAGCUGUCACAGAUAUCCCAACGUAUAACAGGACCGGCAGCAACUGCUGGCAAGUGCACCUUGUUCUUCUGCCCAUAAAGAAACAGAGAGCCAAAACAAGUGUCCAGCGAGGGCCAUGCCCUGUCUUCACAGAAACGUUCAAGUUUAACCAUGUUGAAUCUGAGAUGAUUGGAAACUAUGCAGUUCGGUUUAGACUCUAUGGUGUACGUCGCAUGAAAAAAGAGAAGAUUGUGGGGGAAAAAAUUUUUUAUUUAACAAAAUUGAAUCUUCAAGGGAAAAUGUCAUUACCUGUGAUUCUGGAACCUUCUUACAGUAUUUCCGGCUGUGGUUCCCAGAUGAGCACGUCAGAAAUGUCCUGUAGUGAAAGUACGUCCUCUUGUCAGUCUCUAGAACAUGGCUCAACUCCAGAAAUCCUCAUUGGCCUGCUUUAUAAUGCCACAACUGGCAGAUUAUCAGCAGAAGUGAUAAAAGGCAGCCACUUCAAAAACUUGGCAGCAAACAGACCACCCAAUGGACUGUUCUGUUGUCUAAAACACUUGAUAGGUGGACAGGUUUAUAUAAUCCGAGAUACAUAUGUUAAGUUAACUCUUCUGAAUUCCAUGGGUCAAGAGAUGUCCAAAUGCAAGACAUCUAUCCGCAGAGGACAGCCAAAUCCCAUAUACAAGGAAACCUUUGUUUUUCAAGUGGCACUGUUUCAACUUUCAGAUGUGACCCUUAUACUGUCCGUGUAUAACAAACGCAGCAUGAAACGAAAAGAAAUGAUAGGCUGGAUUUCUCUGGGUCUCAACAGCUCAGGAGAAGAGGAACUCAAUCACUGGACUGAAAUGAAGGAAUCCAAAGGACAACAAGUAUGUAGAUGGCACUCGUUAUUAGAGUCGUAACGGACAGAGCAAAGGACAAUUACGACUCAAUACAGCCUUGUUUCUGACUCCAAAAACAUUAUUUUUACUUAGCUGCUACCAGGAGAGCAGUUCACAGAAGUAUCAGAGUCAACAUUCCACCUUAAAACAUGCACGAAGUGCUAUGGAACAGAACAGCUAAUACAUCAUCUUUUCAUUGAUUUUCCAUAUCUCUGGUGGAAAUUAUCAUGGAAUAUGAGAAACUUACAAGAUCAUGGUCAAACUAGCAACUCUCCAGAGGUUUAGUCACAUGAUGUUGGUUUUUACAAUAAUUUCACUUUAGCUACUAAAGAACUAGCUAGCUAUUUCAUUAAAAUCCAGAAUUUUCAAUGAAUAAAAAUGGAGAAUUUUGGUUUCAGUACUGUAAUAUUGGCACUGUUCUAGAGGUUCUCCAUAAAAUAUUUUUUGACCAGCCAGCACCCAGUGUUAGUGAUGAGAAAUUUGUGGUCAAUUUGAAAGGAACCUAAACCAACUCUAAUAGUAAAAAUUUAAUGUCACUGAAAAAUCUUUUUAUUUUUUUCUCUUUGCAUAGGUUAUUAUGCUUCAUUUCUCUGUUAAACAUCUCAGUAGCAUUAAAUCUAAGUGGAAGCAGGUAUACUUUGACAAAAAGAAGACAUUUCUUCAGCGUGUCAUGGGGACAAGCUCCACUUCAAUCCAACUCGUUUUUCCCCUUGCCUAUGCUUCUGCUUAUCCCAAAGAGACCUCCUGGUCCCUUGCAAGCCUUCUUAGACAGGUUGUACUGUAGAAUUAUGUAACUUUCUGUUGAAAGCACUUCCUAUACUCAUGUAUUCCAACAUAGGAAGCUCAUAGAGCAGGACUU